AUGCAUGGCGAGAAAAUACUCACCAGGGAAUUGAAUUCCUCAUUCAAAGACCUCAUCCGGGGUCCCAAGCUGAUUACAGAGCAAGAAGGUAUUGUCAAACAGCGGAGACAUCGAUCCGGACUGGUGCUGUGCUCCCGCAGAGGUUACGAAGUCGCCAUCAAGCUGUUAGCCGCCAAGAAGAAGCGCGCGCUGUACGCCACCAAGCUGCUGAUUGAGACGCCGCUCAUGGGCCUGUGCGCGCUCACUCUCGUGACCGUCUGGGCGCACUGGGGCCCCGCCGCGCGCGCGACCGGAGCGCCAAUCGACGUUUACGCGCUCACGACCGACUUGCUCAUCAGGGGCGACAUAGAGCAGCACGAAUUGUACGCCAUCAUACCCGCUUGGACUGGGGUUCUCGUGCUGUUUAGCCGCUGCAUUGAAGAUCUGUGUGAGCUGGGAAUAGCGGCCAGGAAGUGCUGCAAGCUCCGCAAGAAGUUGCCGUCUGAAAUCACGGAGCCGACCCUCGACUGGGAUUCGGACGAUGAGAUGAACCUCGAACUGGAACGAGGGGUUCUGCAACCUUUCGCAACGGACGCAGUCAAGGUCGAAGCCUUCUUACUUUCGACGUGGGCUGCGUGGAACUUCAUCUUUCCUCCAACCAGCGACUACGACAUCUGCUGUAGCAAUGUGUACCUGUGUAGCCUUCCCGUCGCUUUGAUCAGCUACGUGGUCCAGGAAGCUUGCACAAGUUUAGCGUUGGUGGAGACGAAGAGGGCAGCACAGGAUCAGGCAACCUAA